AUGUCGCGUCUCAACUACAGCAAGUGGGAUCACAUCGAGGUUUCUGAUGAUGAAGAUGAUACUCAUCCAAAUAUAGACACACCUAGCUUAUUUCGAUGGCGACAUCAAGCACGCCUAGAAAGAGAUGCUGCUUGGAAGAAAGAAAAAGCAGAGUUUGAGAAUAAUUAUAAGUCAUUUCUAACUAAAUAUAAUGAGGCACAACAAAAAUUAAAUAAAGCUAAGGAGACUGGUUCAGACAACAUACAGGAAUUACAGAAAAAAUUCGAUGAACUCGAAGUGGAAGCUAAAGAAUGGUCAGUGAAAGUGACUGAAAUACAAAAGAAAGAACGACUUAGACCUUUAAAUAUUGAUACAAUUUGCAAAGAUGCGAAAUCGAAGACGGUUAUUAACUCGCCCAAACUUAAACACGAAGAGAAUUUGGACUCGACAUCAAAUUCCGAAGAGGCCGCAGUAAAUCGUCUAAAAGAAUUUGUUAAUAAGCAUAAUAAAGCUAUACGAAAAUUUGGACUAUUGCAAAAACCAUUAGAUUCACAAAAUUUUCUUGUUAAACAUCCUGAUCUCGUAUGUGAAGAGACAGCUAAUCAACUUGUAAUUUGGUGUAUUGAUUUGGCUAUGGAAGAGAAAUUCGAACUAAUGGAACAUGUUUCACAUCAGUGUAUAGUGAUGCAAUUUAUGCUUGAAUUAGCAAAAUCGCUAAAAGUUGAUCCAAGAGCGUGUAUUCGACCAUUCUUUGCGAAGUUUAAGAAUCCUGAACCAGAAUAUCAAAAAGCUUUCAAUGAUGAACUUUCUGCAUUCCGAGAAAGAAUCAGAGCUCGAGCAAAAGUUCGUUUAGAAGAAGCUAUGAUGCAGAUUGAAGAGGAAGAAAAGCAAAAACGUCUUGGUCCUGGUGGUCUGGAUCCAGUUGAAGUUUUUGAGUCGUUACCAACGAAUCUUCAAGAGUGUUUUGAGAAAAAAGAUGUUGAGUUAUUAAAAACAGUAUUAUGCAGUAUGGAUCCACAACAAGCUGAAUAUCAUAUGAAAAGAUGUGUUGAUAGUGGCCUAUGGGUGGAUAAUGCACGUGAUCAACAAGAAGAAGAUGGUGAAUCAUCGUCAAAUGUUAACACUGACGGUAAUGAUGAUAUUGCUGCUACAAUUCAAACAAAUAAAGAACCAAUCCAUGAUAAUGCCUAA